GAGAUGGCCAUAUAAAGGGUCUGCCAACUGGAUAAAAAAGGUGCCACCUCUGCAUUGUGACUUCCUUCAAUGUGCCUCAUUAUGACCCAGCUCCCUCACCAGCUGGUAGGUGUCCCCAGGUCCUGGCAUGAGUUCAGUGUGGGUCGGGGCUGGUGGGGGGGGGCGCGGCCCAGGUGGCCCUAGGACCCCCCCACCAUGGAAAACCAGCUCUGGUAUGACACCCUGGGGUGCUGCAGUCAAUACCAAGAAAGUCCCCAGGAUGCUGAGGACUUCCUACUCCUGCUGCUGGGCCUCAUCAUUCUUGUCAACAUUGGGAUCAACAUGGCAACUGUGAUGUGGCAUGGGUUCCAGAAUGCCUUAGACAAGAUGAUCUGUUGGAUUAAUCAAAAAAAUGAAAUCUUGCAGGCUUGUGAAAGUUCUCCCCAAGAUUCACCAGCCAAGGUCCAAGACGUCCACAUCCACUGCACCCUGGACCCUGUAGAAGUGAAGAUGGCCCGGCCCACUUGUUGCUACUCUUCCUCCUACCACCGCAUCCGCAACCGCUGCUCACGCCGCCGCCGCCGCCGCCGCAGCCGCAGCCACCAGCAAAGGCUGAAGAACCACAGACAGUUCCCCUACAACCACUCAGUCUUCCGUAGCCAACAGCACAGCCGCAAGAUGUCACAGCUGUGGCCGAUGCUCCCCUUUGAUCGGGAGGAUCUGGACUCCUGCCUGGAAGAGGAGGAUGACCUGUCCUUCCCAUAUCCCAAGUACCCACAGCGGGGCUGGGGAGGGCUCUACCAGCAAAUGGGCCUGCCCUCCAAUCUGGGGCUGUGGGGCCGCCAGGGUGGGAUUCUGGCCAGCCUGCCACCACCCUCUCUCUACCUGUCACCUGAGCUGCGCCGCAUGCCAAAGCGUGUGGAGGCCAAGUCGGAGCUGAGGCUGCAGUCCUACAGGCCCCUCUGCUCACAGUCCCGCAUCUGGGGCAAUAUGGAGGCUGAGCAGUGGACCUCGUCUCUGCCAGUCCCCCGCCAGCUGCCCCGUAACCCCUCCUGGGUCCCCGGGGGGCACAGCCCCUACUCCUCAGGGGGCCAGCUACUGUGUGACUCCUGGGAUCAGAGGCGGCGUGGUCUGGAGGGCUCUGAGCCUCCAUCUCUCCUGGUGCCCCGGGGCUCCCGGCCCGAGGCCCAAGAGCAGUGCUCCCCACAGUCCCACCGGCGGAGCCUCCCCAGCCAUGCUUACAGCCAGCCCAACCGUAGCCCCCACCCAUCCACCGGACACUUGUGCUACAGCUCCCGAGACCCUCAUGAGGCUCGGCGCCGGGCGGCCGAAUGGGCAGAAGCACUGUCCACUCGGCACCCUCUGACUACCUCCACCUCCCUCACGGUGUUGGGCGAGGCCUCAUACCAACAGGCCCUGGCUCCCAGCCCGGCCCUGCUCUCCCGCUCCUCCCAGCCCCUGCCCGAAGUCCAGGCUGCUGAGCUCCCCCCACCUCCACCCACCUUCGUGCCACUCAGACGGAUUCCGGGGGGCAAUGCCAACUACCAGGUGUAUGACAGCCUGGAGCUGAAGCGGCAGGUGCAGGAUAGCAGAGCGCGAGCCAACUCACUGCCACCACCUUCCACCUUAGCCUCGAGGCCCUCCCUGCACAGGAGCCGGACCGGGAAACUUAACUGACCAGCAGCGAAAGUAGGCAGUGGGGCAGGGCAUGGGGAGAGGAAUAAAGAGCAACAGAGUCCAGGAAACACUGUGGUGGUCUGUGGCUUGGAAGCGCCACUCCUUCUGCCGACCUGGGUCCCU